GCAGCAAGGUCAAACAGAUAUGAAGAUGGGCAGUGCGCUUUCAAGCAUGCUGAAGUGAUUUAAAAAAAAUUACAGACGGGAUACCGAAUAAGCAUAACGAUGAUUGUCGAAUGAUGUCUUGGAAAUUAUUUAAAAGUUUGUUAAAAGCACCGAGGAAGAUCUGAAAUUGACACCUUGUGAAAACUGGGUCAUCUCUAAGCGCUAAGAGGUGAGCUGAAUACUCUUCACUAUCAAAAUGGCAGAGGAAGAGAGAAAUGAGUUUGAAGACAUAUUGUCAGAAGAGAAUGUAAAUAACCAGGAAGAUUUUGAAGAUGACUUGUAUAAUCUAGAGGAAGAGUAUGUGGAAGGUGAAGAAGCUGACGAUGAUGACAUGUAUGGAGAGACUGAAGAACCUGAGGAAUUGCAAGCACAGGGGAACCCGUUUGCUAAUAUAUUUAGUGGCUUUGGUGACAUGUUGAAUGUUGCAGCACAGGAGCAGAAAUAUCCGCAGUCUCAACAAGUGCAGCAGCAAGCUGCCACAGCGAACUUAAUUCAGGGAUUUAGCAAUGUGUUUACCGAGUUUGGAGAUCUUGCGGGAGCUGCUCAGUCUGGGGAAAGGGGAAAUAGGCGAGUUGAUCCAUCAGAACUGAUGUUCACAAAGAAAAAUUUGAAAAAAGUAGAUCUAAACCAGGGACGCAGAAGACAAGGCAUCGGAUUUAAAGAAUUUUAUGAAGAUUUUAAUCAAGCAGAGUACAAAAAGUUUCCAGAAGAGGCCAUCCACUAUUUGCCAGUAGAAUCAAUUGUGAAAGUAAUAGAAAGAACUUUGCCCCCUCCCAGCGUUCUUGACUUUAAGGGGUUAGAUAUGAUGACGGACUUCGUAUUUGAGUACUUGAUGCGCCGUAAUGAAGAAGAGUCUUUGGAAGCAGCAUUCACAGUCACCGCAAUUGAUUGUAGUGGUUGCAGAUAUCUUACUGAUGAGGGUAUUUUGCGUAUGGUCCACACAUUCAAGUAUCUCAAAGAGGUUGUAUUGGAUGCCUGCCCUCUGCUGACAGAGAUGUCUUUACUCUACCUGCUUGACCUCGAAGAAAUAGAGGUCAUCUCUAUGAAAGCCACGGCAGUGUCCGUGGUCACCUUCAGUCUCAAGGACCACCCACAGUUGAAACAUGUGAACUUGGAGGGAUGCCCUUUACACACACCCUUUCCAAGCAAUCGGGGCAUUCUUCACAGCAUUACAAGUGGGGACAUUGGAAGAGAAUCAGAGUUAAGAGGUUAUCUGAGAGAGCUGACUGCAAAUCACAAAGUGAUGAUGAAUAUGGUUGUCCUGAAUAUGUACACACCAUUUGGUUUUACACACUGGCUGGAAACUGGGGAGAAAAAAGAAAGCCAGGAGCCAUUUCACUAUCUGCCAGCCUGUGAAGUGAAUUUUCCUAUUAAUACUCCUGAUGGAAGAAGCUGGGAUCAUGCUAGUUAUAACAUUUUGGAGAUAAGUGAAGGUUAUCAGGGAUUUGAACAUUUGUUUUUAUCUGAGAGCAACCUUAUAGUCAUUCCGUUCCUGCUGUCCAAGUUCUCAUCACAGGAUGAGGUCCAGAAAUGGAUUUUGUCAAGACACAUACAGCUGAGCAAGUACAAGCCUCUCCAAAUUGUGUUUGCAUGCAUCUCGGAUGGAAGAAAGGAAGAGAAGGACAAGCACCCAGAUGAUAGUGCUGUUGAAAAACUUUUUAGAAGUUGGUGGCCAGAUGUGCUAUUGGAAAAAGUCCUACAAGAUGAAGAGUUUCUUCUUGCCCCCGGAACUGUUCAGAACUUCAAAUUCAGGUGCCAACAGGAACACAUGGACUAUGAAAUCCUUCGUAUGAACAGGGUGGCACCAAGCAUCAUUAAUCUUAAUCUUGAUGAAAAGGGAUGUGUUCAACAAUUCUGGAGAAAAAUGGCGCAACUGGUCAGAUUUUACCCACGGGUCAACUGGAUUAGUUCCCCAGAGUUGAUAGCAGUUACGGGUGCCGUUCAACGGUUAGGAACCAAGCAGGGAAUAUGGGCUUUCUCCGAGCUAUAUCAGGCAUUGUUGGCAGAUCUUGAGGGCUGUAAGUUGUCCAGUUCUGUAGAGGAGAAGUCGCCCAGUAGUGCCAAGAUAGGAGAAGAAGAAGAUACGCCCUUUGACACUGGCCCAACGUACUGGCAAUACCAGAAGGCCAUUGAACGGAUGUGCAAACAGGGCCAGUGUCUGUAUUUCCCUGAUAUGAGACAUCAACCAGUUAUCAUAGAUUUCUCCUGGCUGAAGACUGAACUCAACAAAAUUGUCUCUCACGGUGACGGCAAGAUCCCCUAUGACCAAGAGAAGAUGUCUGAUACUAAGACGGCCAUGCUUUUCAAAUUACUGGAGAAAUGUGGAAUUCUCAUCCAAAGGCCACAGCAGUAUUUGCUGGUCCCUAAAUUGCCAGCAGAACCAGAUAUACCAAUGGAAUACUGCUGGUCAGACUGCCCAGAUAGCAAUGAAGUCCAGUUGUCUAAAGGCUGUGUGAUCGUUGAAGAUAUCCCAUUGGGGUUCUUUCCAGUGCUUCUCAGGGAGUGCUCUAAAAUUGCUGCGAAUCCAGUGCUAUGGCAAAAUGGCCUCCUUGCACAGCAUGGGGCAGUCACCUUACUGAUUGAGAGAAGAGAAACCACAGGAUACGAACUGGAGGAGUUCUUGGAACCAAUUAGAUUGAAGACACCAAUGAAAAAGGGACCGAUGAAGAAAAAAGGGGGGAAGAAGAAAGCUCCAAUGAAGAAAGCUCCAAUAAAACAAGCUAACUCUAAACUGAAAUCAUCUCUGCUGGAAGAUGAUGAUGAUGAUGAUGAAAUAGAAGCUGAAUUGAAGGCAAAGGCCCUACCAGAGCAUACUAACAUCAUCUACAUUGCAGUGCGUGCCACUAAAAUGUUUGCAGAGGAAGAGGUGAGGAAUCAGCAUGCUCUGAUGUCCUGCCUGUGGUCUACACUCCUCACCUAUGUCACCAUAAUGAAGUACGUGUGCCAGAAGUUCAAGGUGUAUUGUCAGUUUCUCACUCCCUGCCCACACAGUGAGACGUGUAACAGCAGGACGAAGUUCUACCAGCACAACAUGUUGUCCAACAGAGACGCCACUAAUGUCGUGUCCAGGCUGAAGUGUGCACAGUGCAAGACGGACGUUAAGGUGGAGGAAAUACUGGGGCCAAAUGAUUUCAGUUUUGUGAAGCCUGGAGGGAUUGCCCCCACACAUACCCUGGACCAGGUGAAGUUUGACGCCAGCCCCCAUGUGGACUACAGCAGGUGUUUUCUGUGUGGAAACUGUGCCUAUGAGGGGAUUGACUGCCCACAGAAUGGAACACAUGGAGAAACAAUUUAUCAUUGUGGGUGCCAGCGUACUGCACAAAUGUGCAGCAAGUGUGGAGUAUGUACAAGGUGCACAAAGUAUUUAAAUAAAGUUCAAACUGCCCUACAGCCUGGCCUUGGUUCCUCCCGGCCAUUCACUAUGAUAGAAGACAUAAAUGAGUCCUCCGUGAUUUCUGUAGAAAAUCUUAGUCGCGGCAACUUCAUCAGCAAUCGGAGGCUUAACGUUCAAAGUGGCACCAAGUGGGCAGCAAUAGAUCCAGUUCAUUUCAACUUCUUUGAGGUCACUCUACUUCCAGCAGAGAUGGAAAGGAAUAAGGUUACAGUGGGUCUGUCAAAGGUUUUUGGAAAACCUUUACUGGAAUAUCACCUGCAAACUGGUGUGAUAGCAGACCACGAGGAGACAGGAGUGAAAGAGCACAAGGAUGGCAAGUGGAUAGUAUCAGAGGCGUGCACCGUCAGAGUCCAGAUGAGGUUCGACAGGGAUGACCAGUGUAAGGCCAUGGAUACAGAAAAGGUUAAGAUAGAAAUUUCAAAAGCAGGGGAGGUGAUCUACACAAAGAAGACACGCCUUCAGCGCCUGUGCGGUACCAUAGGUUUCCAUGGGAAAGGCAUUGAGGUUUUCGUCAAUGCACCUGGAAUUAAGGAAGCUGAGCUGACGCCGUCUCGGAGGAUAAAGGAAGAGAUGUUGGUAGAGAUCAAGGACCCAGCUACAGGAGUCCACCACUUGGCGGAGCUGUCGUCCUCCACACAUGACAACCAGUUAUACACUGCAGUGAUGAAACCUGAGGGCAUUGAGAGCUUUAACAUCAGCCCCUACAGUGACAGACUAUUCCCUUUGUACUAUUCAUACUACAAUAAAGAGCCAAAUGACUAUUGGACUGAAGCCCUGCAUGAAGAUUGUCCCCAAUGUAAAGGGAAGAAUGAGGAAAAAGCUUCAUCUUGUGAAUUUUGUGGAACCUCACUGAAGAAGAUGGAGUUGAUAUCUGCUGAUCUUUCUGAGGAAGAUUUGAACAGCAGAAGAGCACCAAUAUGGUUGUUUUCAGAGACUCAGCGCACCAACAUGAAGCCUUACUACUCAUCAAAAACAGACGGCCGCCUUGAGAAAUGGUGUAGAAACUUCCUUCAGGGAACUGCAAAAACUGCUUGCACUGUGGCCCAGAACCUACCCCUGGUCGAGGAAAAGAUUUUUGCAGAGAGUGAUUUUAACUACUCUGGUGUAGUUGGGGUAAUAAUCCCUAAUUUGGUCAACCAGCACCUCGUUAAGAUGUUACCCCAUGUACGACAAGAAGCUUUGACCAAGGGAACAGAGAGGAAAUUACACCAGUUGUGCUAUUCUAGAGGAGAUGCUGGUGAGAUGUUGAAGGUGCGAGCAGACUAUAAACUGCCUAAAGAGGAGGAUGGGAAGUACUGGCAGCUCCAUCUGGUGGACAGUCCAGGAAUUGAAGUACCGGAAGACAACUUACAGGGGAUGUUGGCAGUUUUAAUUGCCUGUCAUGCUAUCAUGGGAUCACAGAAGGUGGAUCUACCAUCUCACAAGAAACUCCUGCCUGAUUUAGACAUUACUGAAGAUGAGGCUGAGGAGUUAAUCCAGACAGUGAUCCACUUGUGCACCCAGUCUUUGAUGAUGACAAUGUUGUAUCAUGAAGUCAAUGGAUUUGGACAAUAUGUGUUGGCCAAGCUCCUGCCAGACCAUGCAUAUAUAUUCAAAGAUGAAAUCACUACAUUUAAUGAAGGCGGCAUUCUUCACGAGCAUGAAACAAUGACUGGAGACACCCAUCUUCUUUGCAAAGCACAUCUUAAUUGUUACCUGCUUGAAGCUGGACUGACAGAAUUUCCCAUGGAAAAGUUUCAAAUAGAUGGCACCUCCUACACAAGACUAAUCCGCUCCCUGCGCAUCCCCCAGAAUGAUAUCAAGGCACUGCCGGAAGAUUUCUUUCCAUCUUUUCCAUCUCUGGUGGAGUUUGAUGUUAGCCACAACAAGCUUUCAAUACUACCAAAAGGGAUUGGAAAGUGCAAGAAACUAUGUGGAAUUAACGUUAAGAAAAACAAUCUACAGAAUCUGCCAGAGGAAUUACUGGAACUCAAAGACCAACCUCUUCGAUUAGAAAUCUCUGAGAAUCCAAUCCAUUCACUUCCAGAAGUCAUUUGCCACCUUGAAAACCUGCAGCGUUUACUUGCCAAUAACCUACUUUUGACAAGCCUGCCUGAAAAUUUUGGCAACUUGAAAAACCUGAAUUAUCUCACCUUGAAGCACAAUUGCUUGCAGGUCCUGCCUUCGAGCUUCAAAAAUCUCAAGAAACUCAAGUCUCUCAGUUUAGAGGGAUUUCCAUGGUUCAAACACAAACCAAAUGGGUUUCUGUCACAGGAAGACUUUGGGGAAUUCUUGAAAGGAACCUAUGCUGACAAGUGGCUGGAGAUGCAUAAGGAGGACAAGGCCUCGUUAUACGAAUUCUUUGAUGAAGACUCCAAUGGCCUGUUGGAUGAAAAAGAGAUUGCCAAGCUAAAUGCAUGUUUGUUCCACAUAUUUCCAAGGUUUAGAGGAACUGAAGAGGAGAGUGGUAUCCCAGCAGAAAUCCUGGAGCUAGAAAAUCUAGAAUAUCUUGACCUGCAGUUCCAAGGUAUAACCCACAUCCCCGAUGCAAUCAGCAAACUCCACAAACUUCAGGAACUGGUAGUCUCCUUCAACCCGUGUUUAGAGACCAUAUCCCCUCUUGCCGGGAGGCUACCUCUUAAACGAUUAGUUCUGGAUGAGUGCCCCUCUAUUCGUACUCCACCAAAGGAGAUCAUCUCCAAGGGGUUCCAGACCAUCUAUGCCUAUUUGCGACGACUGAUUUCUGGGUCUGUGGAGUGCAAGAGAACGAAACUGAUGCUCGUAGGAUUGGGAGGGGUCGGGAAAACAAGUCUGGUGAAAGCCAUAAUGAGUGGCGGUGGCGUUGGGGAGACACAAGAGGCGAUACCCCAGGUGACUGAUGGGAUAGAUAUCUGUACUUGGACUGUAACACGAGAAAAAGAAACUGUCAGCUAUUCUGUGUGGGAUUUUGCUGGGCAAACUGUCUACUACAAUACCCAUCAGUUCUUUCUCUCAGACCGAGCAGUCUACCUUCUCCUGUGGAACAUCCGCCAAGGUCACGAGCAUGCUGGUCUGGACUUCUGGCUCAACUCCAUAGCCGUCCAUGCCCCCAAGGCCCCCAUACUGGUGGUAGGCACUCAUCUGGACCAGGUGUCCAAGGUGGAGAUCCCUGUGGAAGAAAUGCAGCAGAAAUACAGUCAGAUUAAAGGAUUCCAUUUUGUCAGCUCUCACAGUGGACAGGGCAUAAAGGACCUUCAGGAGAUGUUGCUUGAUGUUACUUUAGAGCAGCCCUACAUAGGAGAACAGAUCCCUCAAGUAUGGCUCAACCUGGAGAAGGAGAUUAUCAAGUUGCGAACUACAGAAAGUGUUGUCUCCUAUGUUUCCCUAGAAGAUUUAGCAUUGACCAAAUCAGGAAUAUAUGAUAAGUCUGAGGUCUCUCAAGCUGUGCAGUUCCUCCAUGAGUUAGGAAGCCUGCAACAUUUUGACAACAAUUUCCUCAAGUCACAUGUGGUCAUCAACCCCCAGUGGAUUGUGGACGUGAUGUCCUGUGUGGUGUCUGUCAAUGACUCACACAUUAAGGAUGGCUACUUCAACCACACAGACAUUCCCAAAGUUUGGGAGGAUUAUCCCGCAGAUCUCCACUGGUGGCUUCUUCGUCUCACAGAGGAGUAUGAUCUGACUUUCCAACUCCCAGACAAACCAGUCAACCUGGUGCCAUGCCUUCUCCCUGAGAGACAGCCUCCAUUUGAUUGGCCAGAACUUGACAGAGAAAAUGGAGAAAGAGAGGCAAAGAUGAUUUACAAGUUUGAUUACCUACCUGCUGGGUUGUUUAACCGAGCACAGGUACGACUGUAUGAGUUCUCUGAUAGCUCUGUGAUCUGGAAGAGGGGCUCUAGACUGAAGAAGAAUGACCACAUUGCUCUCCUCACUCAGUUUAGAGACUCUGAGCUGCAUGUGAAAGUCCAGGGGACCACUCCAGAAAAUGUCCUCUUCCUGGUCCAUGAGGUGUUUGAGGGGUUGAUCACAGAGUCUUUCCAGGGGGUGGUGUACGACUACCUCAUGCCCUGUCCAGACUGUUCCAAGGCUCAUGCCCGUGACCCUCACAUGUUUUCAGCCUCCUCCAUCAGAAGAGCUACACAACUUAAGGCACCUUUCCUGCAGUGUACCAAGUAUUUCCAUGUCAUACCUCUGACAGAUCUACAUAGUAUGAUGCCCCCAGAGAGCAGCACAGACUAUGACCUGCAGCUUGUGCAGACUGUGAGAGGAUUGACUGACCUGAGGAAAGACAUGUCAGCAGAUAUCUUUAUCUCAUACUGUGCAAAAGAUGUUCCAAAGAAAAGCGAGAAACGUGUGGCCCCAGUGGAUGUCUGCAGAGACUUGGAAGAGGCAGGAUAUAGAUGCUGGUUCCAGGAGGACCCCAGUUCCCAGAGCCUCGAGGUUACGGCCAUUGCUCUACGAGAUGCCCGGGUGUUCCUGGCCUGUAUAUCUGACAACUAUAUUGAAGAUCAAGACUGCUGUGCAAUGUUCAAGUAUGCCUGCACUACACUCAGGAAGAGCAUUGUGCUGGUUGUGCUAGGGGAUAGCAUGAACUGGCAGACCAGUCAGAUUGGAUUAUUGGUUGCAGGAGAGGUUUAUGUGAAUAUGCAGCAGAAGGACAAGUACACAUCCAAGCUGGAAGAACUGGCAAAGAAACUGGAUAUGAACACACUUUUAAAGAAAGACGAAGCCAUUGAUUACCCACCAGUGUUCAUCAGCUAUGCUUGGGCCAACUCUGCUCGUGCUGUUGAGUUAGGGACCCCAGAGAAAGAGGGCGCUGCAGGCUUUGGUGAUCCAAGAGACUACAAAGACUUCCUGGAGAAGAAUGGGAUCAAGUGCUGGCUUGAUGUUGAACAAGUUGGAGCUAAUGGUCUGUUUGAAGACAUAGCUGUGGGUCUCCAGAAUGCCAAACUGGUGGUGGCCUGUAUAUCUGACCAGUAUGCUGAGUCCACCAACUGUAAUAUGGAGUUCCGCUUUGCCAAGACUGCCCUGAACCUGCCCAUUAUAGUGGUGACGGUGGGCAGGGGUCAGAUGUGGAGGAAGUCUGAGGUGGGUAUGCUGUCCAUUAACUACCCAGUGGUCAGCCAUGAUGAUACUGACCAGCUACUGAAGCUGGUCAAGGAAAAUUUACCAAGUGAGGUACAGCAACCAGUCUCCAACGAGACCAAGGAGAAGAAGAAGGAGAAAGAACAGGCCAACCAACAACAGAAGAAUACAUCCUUCCAGGAACUGUAUGAACUUGCCCAGAGAAAGUUCUUACGUCAGGUUGCCAAACUUGCUGACUCAUUCAACAUGGAGGCAUACCCACGGCUGGUGGUCAUAGACCAUAUGGCCACUGAGGAGACAGAAGAGGGAGAAAAAGAAUCUGAGAAGGAAAACAGCAAAGAUGCAGAAAAAGAUGAGGAGAAAGAAAAAGAUGAAGAAAGGAAACUUUCCACACCCCACACCUUCAGUAAAAUAAAAAAAGAGCACCCACAUGGACAAAAGCAUUGCUAUCGGGUGCUGUGUGAACAUGAACAGGGCUGGCAUAUUGCUGGUGAUCCCAUACCUGCUCCAAACAUGAAUGAUACAUUCCUGCACAAGUUGAUUCCGUAUCUGGCCCGCAUCAUGGCGAUUGUGAAGCACAGCAAGCACAUUACGCUGAACUGCAUCAGUGGAGAGGAGGGAGAACAGUUCCUCAAAUGGCUGGAAGAGACACCUAGAAAUGCUGUAUCAGAGUGGCAGGACGUCUACAGAGAUCUCCUCCAGGAAGUAUUGAAAGCUGAUAAAGACAGCACAAUGGCAGGUCUGGCAAGAUGUCACCUGCCUAGUGGCAAAGUGGCCUGGCUGUGUGAAGGGCACCGUUCUCAAGGUCGCAUCACUGUCCUUAGCUCCACUGGCAGCUCAGCUGUGUCAGCGCCAGAUGCCGGGAAAGAGAACUUUAUGUUGAAAGCAUUAAUGGCUCCUGACAACCAGCUGACACUUAAGUACAAGGCACACAAUGAGACACAGAUGGCAGCUGCGAUGAAAGACAAAAAGAAGGCUGAGACAACACAAAAACCUAAGUCAGGAAAAACAGCUCGCCCCUCAGAGACAGCACCUCCCAGUGUCAACCCAUUGGUGGCAGCUACAGCGAAUGCCAUGACACUUGACGCUGUGCAGAGGACAGCAGCAACAGCCAACAACAGCAGUAGAACUAAGGCCAGAUUCAAGGCUGCGGGCAUUGCGGCUGCAGUAGCUGGUCAGAAGAGAAACUCCAGCCAAACUUGCGUUAUUUUAUAGAGAAAGUGUGGUUUGUAGUGACAGUUUGUUGCAAUGAUGAAACUAAAGUUUGGAUGCUUACAUGUUUGUCUU